GGUGAUGUCGUCGCUCGCGCGCUGGCGCAACUUGCAGGUGGUGUUCUGACACCUAUUACAUUCUCAUUUGGAUGGGUAGCUUGUUCCGUCUCUGCGCUCGUCUCUGCCGUUGGCGAAAACAAGCUAAUGCCACAAGACCCGGAUUGCAAGUGCAUAGUCAUCAACGGCAAGAGCACAAUUUUGCGCGACUUUGAUGAAUGGAGUGAUCAAAGGACUAAGAAAAAGAUCAAAGAAAUCUUGGACGAAAAGUGGAAAAAGCUGAAAGCUAAAAGAUUGGAUGCGGAAAUGCCAACAAGAGCUGGCCUUGUUGUUACUAUCUAUGAGCCAAGUGUGACAAAACCCUCUGGUAUCGGAGAGCGCGAUGUCAUCUACUGGAGCGGCCUACUUGUUUUGGUAGUCCAGCUAGGAGUUGCAGCUAUACCAUGUGGACUUUUUGGCGAUUGGGGUAUUUUGUUGAUAACAGUCUCGGGUAACGCGCUUGCCAUCGCGACGGGCCUUCUCCCACAAUGGAAGAAGGAAAAAGGUAAUGGUGCCCAACAUGCCAUCGUUAUUCUGGGGAAUAAACAUGGCUUGAACCUUGAGGAUUUGGCAUCGGGGCAGAGCAAUCUUGAUGCCUCAGCUAAUCAGACUAUUCGAGCUUUACUUCUCAAGAAUACUUGGUUUCUUCUUGCCCUUGGUGCUAUCGGUAUUGUUCAGAAUAUAUUCGUCGCUGGUUGGAAUAGGCGCCCAGAAAGCUUUGGCAUCCCCCUCGACUUUGUCAAGGUUUUGGGUAAGCCCGAAGUGAUGGAUACACUAUUUGAAAUCGAAGAAAAAUAUGGGGGUUUGGGUCGGAGCAUGCUAAGUGUAUUCUUUCCUGGGAAGCUUCGACGAGAUGACAUCAAGAAAUGGGCGAAAUUCGAGAGUGAGGAGGCCCAAUCAAAUGCAUACCAGGCUCGGAUGGAAAAUUCCUCGGGUGGAAGUGCCCCAGGCCCAAGCCCAAGUGGAUAUAACAAUUGA